AGUGUGUGGAGAGAGUAGUUCAGAAACUCAGUAACCCUAACUUUAAGUUGUGGAGAGAGAAGAGAGCGAGUGUAGCAGCUAAAUAGUAGCGGAGAGAUCCAAACAGGGCUCACACUCACUGGUUCACUGUAAAGUUCAGCAAAAUCGAUCAUUUCUUUGCCUUCUAUCCCUGUAGGGAGAGUUCUCUUUUUUUGCCUGUGUUUGUUUUCAUAUCUAGUCUUAUCAGUUUGGUGUCUUGAUGAAAUUCGAUCGAAUCUUCGUGGAGUGUUUCAAAGUGGUUUGAUUCCGGUUGUUCAGUCUUAUUAUCUCUAAAAAACGGAGUUUUCCUUUGUAAAUAUGUGGAGUUACUAGCUUCUGAGGACACCUGCAUUGUUUUCUUGCAUUUGUUAAGGAUUUGAAAGAAUUGUGAGGAUUGAGUGCUUUUUUGUGGUUUAAGUAAUGAUGAUUCGUGUAAGUAUGAUACAUACUGUUUUCUUCAACGUCUCAGAAGUUUUAGAAGAAUGUGAUAUCAAUGGAGAAGAUGCUUUUGUAGAGAUUCAGAGUUUCUUUAAUGGAAAUCAUCUACUUAUGGAGUAAGGUGUUGUUUUUUCUGCAUCAGAUGCACAACUAAAUGCAUUUUUCGAUUACAUGAACUGCUCUCUCUCUCAUGGCAUGCUAAUGACAGGGGUGAACAUUUUGGCAUAAUUUUUGGGAUUUUUCACCAUUUCUAUGAAAGUCAUUCGGUUAUUACCGUGUGCUUUUAAGUUAGCCUAAAAAGUUGGGAGUUUUGAGGCGAAAGGAGAUCAUAAUGCAAACAAGAAUUUUCCUGAAGUUACCUUUGGUUCCAUCAAAUGACAAUUACUAUCAAUUUGCUAUUUGUUGCAGUUUUUCGGGAGUAAGUUCACCCCUUAAUGUCCGAUAUGGAUGCUCAGAUACGAUGUUUUGCACAAUUGGUGCCAAAAAUUAUAUUUCAAUUGAAUUGCGAAGAUUUUCGAAGAUUAAAGCACAGACCCACAUCUCAAAACUAGACUUGAAGCAACUCUACAAUUCAUAUGAGAAUAGCACAGGUGAUGGGUUUGAAGUUGAUUAUCAAUUGUAUAAUAAUUUAAUCCAAGCUUAUUGCAAAAGAGGUGAUGUUGAUAUACCCAUGCGAUUAUUUGCUCAUAUGGGCGCAGUAGGAAUGCAACCAGCCAUUAAUUCUUAUGCUUGUCUCAUUAAUGCUCUUGGAACUGUGGGUCGAACUCUAGAAGCAGAUGCAAUUUUUCAAGAGAUGAAAGAGUUGGGUUUUCGACCUAGAGUGAGGUCGUAUAAUGCUCUUCUCAAAGGCUUCUUGAGAAAAGGCCUUUUCAAGCUUGCGACCAAAGUUCUGAUGGAAAUGGAGGAACUGGAUAUCGAUCCAAAUCAGGAGACCUAUAUGCUUCUUCUCGAGUCAUAUGCACGAAGUGGGCGUUUAGAGGAUACUUGGCUGAUUCUUAAAGAGAUAAAGAAUGAGGGUUUUUAUGCUAGUUCCUAUGUUUACAGCAAACUUAUAGGCAUUUACAGGGACCAUGGGAUGUGGAAGAAUGCUUUAGACCUUCUCAGAGAGAUGCAGGACAAUGGGGUUUCACCAGACAGGCAUGUCUAUAACAGUGUCAUCGAUACCUUUGGGAAAUAUGGUCAGUUGGAUGAAGCUGUUGAUGCCUUUGAAAAAAUGAAGCAUGAAGGAUUUUCCCCUGAUAUUAUGACAUGGAACUCUUUGAUCAAAUGGCAUUGUAAGGCUGGAGAGCUCCAUCAGGCACUCAAGUUCUUAAACAGGAUGCUGGAAUGUGGGUUUUACCCUGACCCAAAGAUAUUUGUCACCUUCAUUAGUUGCUUAGGAGAAGAGGGGAAGUGGCGUGAGAUUAGGAGAGCUUUUGAGGUUAUGAAACUUAAAGGGUUUAAGGAAAGUGGAAUUGUUUAUGGUGUUUUGGUCGAUAUCUAUGGGCAGUAUGGAAAAUUUCAAGAUGCAAGUGAAUGUGUGUCAGCUAUGAGAGCAGAGGGAAUAGAGCCUUCAUGUGGUGUCUUUUGUGCAUUGGCAAAUGCAUAUGCUCAACAGGGAAUGUGUGAGCAGACUGUUAGUGUUCUUCGACUUAUGGAAGCUGAAGGCAUUGAAAUAAACCUUACAAUGCUGAAUUUGUUGAUUAAUGCAUUUAGUAAUGCUGGAAGGCACAUGGAAGCUGUAUCAGUUUUGGAGCACAUCAAAGAGAGUGGCUUAAGUCCUGAUGUAGUUACAUACAGUACCCUCAUGAAGGCAUUUUUCAGGGCGAGGAAAUUUGACCAGGUCCAAGAAGUUUACAAGGAAAUGGAGUCUGCUGGUUGUGUUCCAGAUAGGAAAGCAAGAGAGAUGCUGCAGAAUGCAUUGCUUAUCCUCGAACAGAGACAUGGUCAUAAAAUUUAGAUUCCUGAAGAUGCCCUUCUCUAUAUUGUAAAGGUCCAGGAGGAUGGGACACACCCUGAAAGGAUUGGCGCUUGAGAUAUGACAUUCUUUCUUGUCACCUUCACCUUUGCAUGAGGUCCUCAUUUGGUGAAAUGCAGAAGUACGGUUGAGACAGUUCUUUGGAUACAAGAUUGGAGUUCCAGUGAUUAGCUCUCUUAAGUAUUCCCAUGUCUGGGGAUGGCUUCAUUGGCAUUGCUUGAUACAUGACAAAAGAUGUCUAACAAAUGACUUUUCCCAUACAUCUCUUUUAUAACAUCUUCAGUUCUUCUAUGUGAUAUUGAUGAGAGAGUGCGGUCGUACCAGCACUGAUGCACUGGAUCCCAUCAAAACUUCAAAGUUGUUUGAGUGGUACUAGGAUGGGUGACUUCCUGGGAAGUCCUUGUGUGGCUCUCCUUUUUCCUCUGUCGUAAAACAACACCUUUUUGAUCUUUGAAUAUGUUUCUUUGAAUUUGGGGACCAAAUAUUUAUUUAUUUUGGAAAUUUGCAGACAAAAAAUAUAUACAUUGGAUGUGAUUCUCAUAUGGACUUUAGUCUUGUCACUCAGAUUAACUUGUAUUUAUUGACAGUGUUCCUGUUUCCCUACCAAUCUGACUACCAAUUGAUAGUCUUCUAUUAUUUUUAUUUUUAUUUUUAUUUUUACAUUGUCAGCAUUUAUUUUAGAGCUUUCUGUGGAACCAUCUGACCAUCAUUCAGCAUCCCAUCAGUCAGUUUGAUGGUGAUUCAUUACAAAAGCCAACCAGAUUUUAAAUGGAUGGCUAUGAUUUUACAUGAGCAUACAUACCUUUUUGAAUAAGCAUCUGAAUGUGCAUGUAGGUGAAGAUUCUUUCUUUUUUCUUAAAUUUUAUUUUAUUCUUUUGCAAUUUCUUGCGAAUAACAUGAAUGAAUGUACCAUUCCAUUUGUACUCUUGUGUCUUUAUAUAAGCAUACAUUCAUGGAAUGGGAUACAGAGCACUCGUAUCCUUUUCUCAACAUGGUUGUUGAUAUGCAGUGGAAGAUAGCCCUAGAAACUUGCAUUAGAUGAUCAUUUCUUGGGCAUUGGAAGAUCCCAAAGGUUAGUUUAGUUUGUUGUUUGCACAAAAUGGUCAAGAACAUACUUUCUUUGUUUCUAGAAAUGGGGUGUUUCUAAUUGAAGUUUAUUUAGAUGAAAUAGACCAUGCAGUGCUUGAAAAUAUGGAUCGAUGAGUUGUAUUGCCCACCUACCAAUUCCGUUCCAGAUCGGGUGAAUCAGCGAUCUGGCAAAAGAAGAUAUUUGAGGUUCUUUUGUUUAUGGUCUUUUUGUUUAUAACACCGAGUUAAACCAUUAGUCACCAUUUUUUUUACUUGGGAGUGGGGCGUUUGUAUAAUAUAAUCACCGAUUCGGCUUGUUCAUGGAUGUUUCUUGAUUCAGAUGGGCGAUUUUUGAACUAAAUUGGUGAUUUUUCAAUGAC